CAGUCGUGCCGCGUCGCGACCCUCGUGUACGAGGUAAUACACGUCGCUUGAACAACACGCGCACGUCGUUCCUUGGGUGUCACAAAAGGAAAGAGCCAAGCGAGCAGCGAACCUUCCUGUCAGCUUAUUGAAGGUCCCCGAGAAAUCGAUCGCCAGUAGGUUUGAUUCACUCCUGAAGCACUCUUGUCGUCGGCAAAAGCCGGAUUAUUCGUCCGAUCAUCGUCCGUCCCUUUCGCUUUCUCUCUCUCUCUCUCUCUUUCUCUUUUUCUCUCUGUCUUUUCCCAUUUUUUUACUAUUUUCUCUCUCUCUGUCUCGCUUCUCCGUCUCGUUCCUCGAUUUCCGCUCCGUUCACCAAAACCUGAAGGUGUGCCAAGGUAGCCUCGGUGAGAAAGCGAUCGCAGACGCGAUAUCCCGUCGGACAGCUGCGAAAGUCGCGCCGUCAACGGUUUUUCCCUCGCGCUUCCCAAUUCCGCUUCUCUUUCCUUUUUCCUCCUUAUUCACGCACGCUCUUUUUCCAGUUUUUUUUUUUUUUUGUUUCCUACUUCGUUUCUCUCUCUUUCUCUCGACCUCUCGCGCGCGCACUUCGCGAUACGAUGGCGUUUUUGAGAAGCGUGCCGCGGCGAUGUUGCGCCGGCAAGAAGUUGACCAAGUGCGGCACGUUACCGUUGCCCGUGGUCGGUCUUUUGGAGAACACGACGGCGUCAAUGAUGGCACCGAUGACGACAGCGGCCGCGACGAGGACACCGCCGUUCCGGCUGGUUACGCAGGUGCGUAAUGACACGCGCGGAUACGCCACCGCCGCCGCCACUGACGUCAAGAAGCAGCAGCAGCAGCAAUCAGCGGCGCCUCGGCAGAUCGACCCGCUUGAUUUGAAGUUUAACGACCCGGUUGCCGCUUUCAAGAGCAAAACCACAACGGAGCUGGUGCGAGCCUACUUUGUCUAUCAGAUGUGCUCUAUUGAGUAUAUCGUGGAAAAUAAUAUGAAGUUCAUGAAAAUGGCGAAAACAUUGCUGGGUGAAAAACUGUUCACGAAGCUGAUGAAAGCGACGUUCUACGGUCAUUUUGUUGCCGGCGAAGAUGAAGUCCAGAUCACCCCCGUUCUAGAUAGGUUGCGACAAUUUGGCGUCAAACCUAUUCUCGAUUAUUCCGUCGAGGAGGACAUCUCGCAGGAAGAGGCCGAAAGGCGCGAGGUCCAAGCCUCGGUGUCAGAAGCGGGUGACGAGAAGAGAGAGGGUCCGCUGAAGAAGUAUCACGUGGAGAAAUCGUUCGCCGAUCGGCGAUACAAAGUCUCAUCGGCCAGGACGUAUUUCUAUCUGAACGAAGCGUCCUGCGAACGAAACAUGGAUAUAUUUAUCAGAUGUCUGGAAGCUGUGGCGAGUGAUAUCGAAACGUUAACACGACGUGUUACAAAAUACGUCUUUGCAGGUGCUUCGAUGGGAAUGGGCAUCACCGCCGUUAAAUUAACGGCGCUUGGUCGGCCGCAGCUUCUGCUUCAAUUGUCGGAGGUAAUUAUGCGCGCGCGACAGUACAUGUCGGACGUUAUUGGCGGCGAGGGUGCUGUUCUGGCUCAUCAUGCAAAGCCUGAUGAUUUCAGAAAAAAAUUUGAGGAGGCACACAUCAAGAACGAAGAGUCGGUGCAAAAGUUCCUUCAGAAAAUUCAAGCGGAUAAAGAAGGCGUAAUUCAUCUGUUUCCAUGGAGCGGUAUUUUAGAUGAAAAUUAUGAGUUGAGCGAAACUUUUCAAGUACCUGAUAUUAAAACGGGCAAGAUGGUCAGACUAAUGUCGCAGCUUACCUCAAAGGAAGAAGAAAUGUUCAGAAAUAUGAUCAGACGUCUAAAUAAUAUUGUAUCGGUAGCUGAUAGUUUAGACGUUCGUAUUAUGAUAGACGCGGAACAGACGUACUUCCAACCGGCCAUUUCUCGCUUGACGCUGGAGAUGAUGCGCAAGUACAAUACGAAAAAGGCUGUGGUAUUCAACACUUACCAAACGUAUCUGCAAGACGCGUAUAACGAGGUGAAAACGGACCUCGAACAGGCGGAACGCCAAAACUUUUAUUUCGGUGCUAAAAUUGUUCGCGGUGCUUAUAUCGAACAGGAAAGAGCUAGGGCGGCAGCUAUGGGUUAUCCAGAUCCCACAAAUCCCACGUACGAGGCGACAACCGAGUCCUAUCACAAAACACUCAUGGAAUGUUUAAGGCGAAUGAAACAAUACAAGGACAAGGGAGAAGAUCCCAGAAAAAUAGGAAUUAUGGUCGCUUCGCAUAAUGAGGAUACUGUGCGCUUUGCGAUCGAAAAAAUGAAAGAAAUAGGAAUUUCACCGGAAGAUAAAGUCAUAUGCUUCGGCCAAUUAUUAGGAAUGUGCGACUACAUAACAUUUCCAUUAGGUCAAUCCGGUUAUUCUGCGUACAAGUACAUCCCGUACGGACCGGUUAAGGAAGUACUGCCGUACUUGUCACGGCGCGCCCAAGAAAACCGGGGCAUACUAAAGAAGAUCAAAAAGGAGAAACGCUUACUACUGAGUGAAAUUACAAGACGUAUAGUGCGCGGCAAGAUCUUUUACAAGCCGAAGGGUAAUUACACCCCCGUUUGAACAGUUGAUAUGUUUAGUUGCACAGACAGAAUUUUAAGUAUCAAAAAAAAAAAAAAAAUUGAAGUAGUGGUUGUAAAUUAUUGAGAACUCUCCUCGAAAGACGUCGAUGCGGGCACUUCGGAUUGUAGUAACUGAUUAAAAUAACUUGACGAAUCUGUUAUCGUGGUAUUUGAGAAGGGAGAAGGCGCGUGUGCGCGCUAACGCGAGUAUGUGUGCGUGUGCGUAUGUGUGAGUGUAUGCCAGUGCGAAAGAGUACGCAAUUUAUCCAUCGUGUAAAAAUUUAUCUCGGUGUUCUAUUGUCGAGUGCAUCGGGUGCUCAAUACUGGUCAAUAUUAGAGCUAUGUUCACCGUUCGUUUUUGCCCGUUGUUGUCAGAAAAUUUAGCCAGAUAUCGUGCUAUAAUUUAGUUUCACAUAAAAUGUGUCAAGAGAGCGAGAAUUGACUCGCAAUCUGACUCUCUUUCGACGAGAUCAAACUCUGUCCGAAAUCCAAUUUUCUGUGCGCGGUAUGUAUGUUGUCACACGGUCGUGUCACAGAAGAUGAAUUGAUUACUUGAUUUAAUCGGCAGCUUAAAACACAAUAGUGACGAUUGUGAGAAGACGGACGGUGUCGUUCUUUUUUUUUUUUUUUUUUUUAACACAUGCUUGCAUUUUCCUCAAGUUUUAUCAUUUCUUUGAGAAUCUCAUCAAAUACUUUUCACAUGUACAUAAUACACCGUGCGUAUCGAUUAUUUAUGAUUUUUGUUCGCGUAAAUGUUCUUUUUUGUUCAUAUUGUAACAGAGAAAAAUAGAGAAAGAACACCGCGCGCGUAUAAAUGCGUGCAACACCACUCGUGACGCUCACCUCACGUCUUGGUAAAUAUGUAUUUCAAACAUUGAUUGUUUAGAACAGUUUGUGAUGCAUGCUCGCACACCAGUUACCAGAAAGAGACAGAUAGCUGCUGCAUCACGCGUACUUUCUACAGGAAUUGAUGCCACUGACAAGUCUUUUAUGCAAAACAUGAAAUUAUCUACGAUUUAUAUCGGAAGAUACAUAAAAUCUAUAAUUACAGCCUUUAAUCAGAAAAACAUUUGCCUAUUUAUGAGAUAAAGAUCAAGCGAUCUUCUUUAUUUGUGACGUGAAGAUUCUUACGUCCGUGUUCAAAAUCGAUUUGAAAUAGUUGCAAAAAUUUAUAUUAGAAAAUAAUUAACGAAAAAAUUAUUCCUUGUUGAUAAAAUAUUCAGGUAAGAGAUCGGAGAUGAUUCAAUAUCAUUCGUUAUAGCGUAGUGACGUAACACUAUUUUCAGAAAUCCAUAUUUCCGAUCAGAAUCGUAAAUAAUUCCGGAAAAAAAGAGAAUAACGUGGAUAUUAUUAAAAACAAAAAAGAUGGCUCUUAAUGAAGUAAUAAAAAGAAGCCGUAAUAAAAAUAUAAAAAAUCUAGAGAUAUCUUAGCGACAGACGUGCGAAUUACCGAAUGUUUUCAGAUAGCUGUAAAGAAUGAGCUGUUCUUUUAAUGUGUGCACACGUAACUGAACAGUGAUAUAAAAAUAAUCGAGAUGGCGAUAACAAAAGGUCGAAAAGAAAGAAAGAAAAAUGUGUGAGAAACUACGUUAUCUUUUUGUGAUAAUAGCCCUAGAUAAAUCACAUACACAUACGUAAAACUAACAAAAUAUUAUUGAUCACUUUGCUUCAGCCUAAUAUUGCUUGUUGCGUUACAGGAUAAAAAAAGUA